AUGGAGGAGAUUUGCGCACUUCUCUAUAUCAACCAAUAUGUCCGAGAAAAGAGUUACGAUGUAAUUAUCCUCGACUGUGCACCCACCGGGGAGUCGCUCCGGUUCGUUAGUAUCCCGACGACGUUGGAGUGGUACAUGAGCCACAUUUUCAAGUUGGAGCGUAGCUUAGCAAAGAUCGCUGGUCCUAUAAUCGAAAAAGUGAGUUCGGUUCCCAUUCCUCGAGAUAACUAUUUCCAAAAUAUCCAAGACCUUUUCAAUAAAUUGGAAGGGAUUGACAAUGUCCUGACAGACCCGAAGAUAACAACAGUGCGCUUGGUAACGAACCCAGAAAAAAUUGUUAUCAAAGAGACACAACGAGCGUUUAUGUACUUUUGCCUUUAUGGACUCUGUAUUGACGCAGUGAUUAUCAAUCGCAUCUUUCCCGAUGCCGUUGAUGUGGCAUACUUUGAAGCUUGGAAACAGGCGCAGCAGCACUAUAUUAAAGAGGCAAUGGACUACUUCUCGGACGUGCCAAUCUGGAAGGUGAACCUCUUCGCAGAAGAAAUUGUGGGAGAAGAUGGGCUGCACCGAUUAGCAGAGGCACUCUAUUCCGAGAUUAAUCCGGCAGAUCAGUUUUCUCAAGAAAAACCGUAUCAAUUCAAAAAAACAGCAAAUACUUAUCAAUUGUCUAUACGUCUGCCUUUUUUAAGUAAAGAGGAAAUUGGAUUGACAAAACAUGGCGAUGAAUUGAUUGUUACAGUCGGUAGCUUCAAGCAACACGUCGUAUUGCCACGAACCCUUUCUAAUAAAAAAACACCUGGGGCGAAAUUGACUGGCGACCAACUCGUGAUUACGUUUGAGGGAGAAAAUCAGGAAUCAGGAAAGAUUCGCUGA